CAGAAUACUCUUUAUAUAGGUAGAGUGUAGUAUAGAAUACACGGCGACGCGUAUAUCUAUCUAUCUAUAUGCUCAGUAGUAUGUUUCUUUAUAUGCUUCACACAACGCCCCUGCAUUAAAAAUAUACACUACUCUGAUUAAUAAAGCAAAGAAAUGCGAUGACAAACAAGAAAAUUCAAUAACCAGAACACACCUUACAGCUACUUUGUUUUCACGCAAGUUGCUCUGGGAUGACUAGAAUUUCAACUUUUGCUCUACUUUUAUGCGCAUGCAUCAUACGAACAACAGUGAGUCAAGAUAGGGCAUGCGAAUUCCCAAACUUCCUAAGGGCAAAGAACAAAAUGGGAAAUGGUCGGAUUUGGUACAGCGAGACGACUUAUCUCACAAACAGUGUAAAAUAUGAAAAACAGAAGAAGAUAACCGUGGGAGAAGCAACGAUAAAUAUUGAAAUGUUUACGCCGUGCCUUACCGUCUCUGACGAUUACGACUGUCACAGUCAACCCGUAACCCAUGUGACCACCUGGACCUGUUUGGGACAUUCUGUACUCGAUAACCAUUACAGGAUAAAGAUCGAGAACGAGAAGCAGGAAAAGGUUUUCAGCUGCGUCAAGUUCAUUAAACGCAAUGACAACGUCGUUCAAGUAUAUUCAGCCGUUCCGAAUACAGAGAACUUCGAGAAACUCUGCAAAGAAGAGGCCCUACAGAGAAAGGACUGGCCUUGGAUAAGUAAGGAUAAAGAUAGCUGGUCUGAAUGUCCCCUAUUGGGAGGCUUCGAUUUCCGUAGUCAUUGGAUAAGUAAAAAGUUGCAUCAUCAAGAGCUAUGUCGAAAAGUAUGGAGACCUUCAAGGCUGGAAAGCGAAUGCGUGAUGGGGGAAGGAAUGAUCUUCCACUUUCCACAGAACACGUGUAAUCCUUUCGCAAAAAGGGGAAAACAUCAUCGUCUCUACUGCUGGGCUCAUUGGUCAGAAAGCGGCUACAUUUUCAUAGUUCUCGGCCAACAUCACAAGCAUCUACCGCAAUACGUCAUGAGACUGCCGACGAAUACGGAAAUGAUGUCAACGUUCAAAGCUAAACUCUACUUUAGCCCAGUAGCCCUUCUCGAUUCUGUCGGGCAACCACCCGAUAAAGUAACAGCUAUUCAAUUAGAGAUGGCCAGAAGUGAAGUGGGAAAUUGUUACGAUGAAGAUCCAAUAGGAUGCAAGAAGUUUGCAGCUGAAGGAAAGUGUUUUUCAACAGAAGGCAAUUACAAGAUUUAUUGUCAAAAGUCUUGUAAUCUUUGUACUCCUCGCGGCAUGCCCCAAGGCGAAUGUGCAUUUUCGGAUAAAAUAACAAAGUCUUUGCAUUGGUACCUGUUCGAGAAUACAUGGGAGGAUUUAAUUACAUUUAAAAGUGCUGGUGAUGACAGACUCGGCCGGUUAACCCAAUUAAACUCUAGAAAACUUGGUACAUUUACUUGUAAAAGUGUUGACAAACAAUACAACAGCUACGAAUACGCUACCGUCUCCUAUUAUAACAACGGAUGCCGGCCCAGAUAUACUUGCAUUAACUUUGAAACGACUGACGAUAUCAGCCUAAUCAAGUUUCGAAUGUCCGAGAGUUCCUUGCUUAACUUGGAAAUUCAAAAAUUAUGCAAAUAUAGAGAUUAUCCACGUGUUUUAAGGAAUAACGUCGUUUCAAAAGAAUACAAGAUUCUUCUAUCCGCUAACUAUACAACAUCGAUGGACUGCGGAAUACACGGAAGUAUGGAGGCUACGUUUUCUGACAAGAACAAUCUCCAGUGCGAAGGACACGUCUCCGAUUGGAAUAAGGCGUCGUGUACAGUUCAACCUUCUCUUACGGUUUCGUACAGGCGGUCGAGAUGCGAGAUGAGUACCGCUCCUCAUAACGAUUCAUUACAAUUUACAGUUCACCUAUGUAGAGCCUUUAUAUACGUGAAAGCAUACGGACAUAGUAUACUCAUAACACAAACGCCGUCAGAUUCUCAAUUGUACAGAUGUUGGAUAAUAUUCAAUUAUCCAGAGAGAAUGAACGAAAAACCGUGGAGAAACGCCGUACUUUUAAAUAGAGGCCAAUGCGGUAAAGCAACAGAUUUUAGACAAUUAGAAAAGAAAGACGUCAUAUUUGAGACCCGAAUGUCGUCUGACAAUGUAGAUACAACCUGUAGGACGAAAAAUCGCAACCGCUAUGGAAAACCUACUUAUGGUCCCAAUUUUAUACCAAGAAAGUCGGAUAAUAGCCCAACAAAUAACCGCCAAGCGAGAAACGGCGAACAUGAUCGAUCUUCUUAUAGUAUCAGAGGAUCGUCAACAACUCCAUCUAUUUGUUUUCAUCACUUGAUUAUUGGCUCCAUCUUGUGUUAUUUAGUAAAAUUUUAGCGUUUUUUUAUAUUAGCAAUUCUUUGCUCUCUCGCUCUCUCUCUCUCUCUCUCUGUCUACUUUUUGUACUUUUACGAAUGAUAAGUGAAACAUGUAUACGUUAAUGGGUGUAUACAAAACCUAAUGCUAUCAAUAUACACAAACUAUCCUGACAGAUGUAUACAAUUGCGUUCUCUGUCUCUCUAGUUCUGUUUUUUGCCUAUGAAUAUCUACCCCCAAUAAACUGUAUAUAGAGGGUAUUUACUGGUUAUAAUGGUCUAAAGAUAUGAAAAUGCAUUAUACUAUUCUAUAUACAGUAGAUAAUAAAAUAUUAUAAAAAUUGUUUCUUUGCUUGUGUUCUCUCUUUCUGGUCACUUUUCUUCGUCUAUCCUCUUUCGAUAACGUUAUUUUUGUACUCUGUCUGCUUAUAAUAUUCAUAUAUCCUAUAUCCAUCUAUCAAUCUAUCUAUAUUUAAAAUGUCGCUUGCUUUUUAUCACAGAGAUUGGAAAUUGAAUUUCUAAUCCUUUGCCUCAUAUGACUUUUGCUAGACUUCGUCCUAUUACGAUUUAGGGUGUCUUUCUUUUUACUUUGCCUAGUUUAUUUCAGAUGUUGGCUGAGUUUUAUCUUUUUUAAGUUUAGUAUAAACACUUUGUUUGUCAUUCCUAGUUCAGUUGUUCUUCUCCUGUCUGUGAAAUUUUAAUGAAAGGAAGAAGAAGAAGAAGAAGAAGAAGGAAAUAAAUUAGAAAUUUGCUAACUUUGAAAUGUUUCUAAGAAAAAUGAAAAAAUGAAAAAAAGGUGCUAACUAAACAAAUUUUAUGUUUUAAAUAUGACAAAUGGAAUUAUACAGAGAAAUAAGCAUGCUGGUUUAUAAAUAUCUAUCUAUAUAUGUAUGCAUAGAAAUCUAUUAUAUAAUGAAUUAUUGUUUAUUUACUGAAAUAAAUUGCGUAUGAACACGGGAAAGAAGGGAAAAUUAGACAAAACAAAAUUCGGUUCAUUACGUAAUAAUAGACAUGAUCUUAACAUAUAAAAGGUAUAUUGCGUAUAUUGUAUAUAUAUAUAUUUAUUUCUCGUAAUGAAUGACUAACGAAGGAGAAGAUGAAAUGUUCUAAAAAGGGAAUCGAGCGAGAAGAGUUUCUUUCCACCAUCUUUUUUUUUUAAUACUGUUUCCUCUUUGAAUAAAAAUUUAAAUAUUGAUAAUUGACGUCUAGUCUAAUUUAAU